ACCACCGCCCGCCGCGGACCGCUGUCGCUGCCGUCGACGACGACGACGACGACGAGAGAGAGCAUACACUCUCGGUUAACGCACGGCGCGUUAUGAUCGCCUGAUCAACGAAAGGAUAAUUCGGCAUCGCCGCUCUGCCCGUUAUCGGGGCCGGAUGCCUUCGCCAUCCGUAUAUGGUGCUGUGGAAAAAAACAGAGCUCGCACCAGACGAGGAAUAACAAUUGUCAUCGCGCGAGCGCGGAUUUUGAGUGAGGAGCGCGCGAGUGCGCGCGUGCAGGUGUUUGUUUGUGUGUGAGUGCGGGUGCACGGGAUCAAUCCAUCGGAACCGUCUAUAAAUUAUCGUCGUUGCCUUUACGCCUUACGUUUUCCUUCUUGGAUUCCUCUCCCUUUCCCCUCUUUCCCCGCCGUCCCUCUUUCCGUCGCGCGCGGGCUGACCAUCGGUGGAACACCCGAGAGUGCUGAGUGCCCUCCUGGUUUUUGCGUUGUGGACCGCGCGCGCGCGAGAGUGGUGCCAAGCAGCGUGAGCCGUGAGGUGAAGUUACGCGUCACGCGUGUGCCUGUGGUGCAGUCCGUCGGGCCCCGACUUGAGAUGCCGUGGCUGUUCAAACUACGGACUCGCGAUUAGUUAGGGAGGUAACGUAAGUGAGUGACGACGUCACGAUGCGCAUGUCGCUGCCGCUGGGGUUAGUGCUUGUGGCAGCAGUCACGCUGCUAGCAAGUGUGAAUGCUAACGCGGGGACUUACCUACGCAUCGACACGGACACGGCCACGUCGUCGUAUCACUUCGGAACGAAGGAUCGCGAUCAGGUGAUAGCCGGGAUGGAGGCCAGCCUGCUCUCCCUCCUGGGCUUCACGAAGAGACCGAGGCCGCAAGGUCGAGUAUACAUCCCGAAAUCGCUCAGGGAUCUUCACGCUCGUCAGAACGCCAUCGGUAUCGCGGAUAUCGCGAAGCCGGGUAUUCACGCGAGAUCGGCCAACACCGUUCGUUCGUUCCCCCAUAUUGAGAGCGAUCUGGACCACAAGUUCCAAUCUCCAAACCGUUUCCGAUUAUCCUUCAACCUAAGCAGGAUACCUAGCGGCGAGAUGUUGCAGGCAGCGGAGUUGAGUUUAACGCGUGUUGCGGUGGCGGAUGUCGAAAAUGUAAGCGCGGAACAUAAACGUGGCCGGAUACUGGUGUACGACAUAAUACGGCCCGGCGUGAAGGGUCAUAGCAAGCCGCUAUUGCGGCUGAUAGACAGCAAGGUGAUCGAUGCGACGAAGAACGCCACGAUUAAUCUGGAUGUACAUCCAGCCGUGGUGAGAUGGAUAGAGAAUCAUCAGGAUAACCACGGGCUGCUGGUGCACGUGACUGGUGCGCUAGCCCGUACACGAGAACACGUGCGACUGAGACGGGCCGUCGAUGAGCACAAGGACGCGUGGGUGGUGAGUCGGCCGAUGCUCUAUACGUACAUGGACGACGGCCGUUAUGAGAUGGCAUCCGCGAAUCAGAUACUGGACCGACGGGCCAGGCGAGCCACCCUACGGAAGAAUCGGCGGAAGGACGGCCGCGAGAAUUGCCGGCGGCAUCCGCUCUACGUCGACUUCGCGGACGUCGGCUGGAACGAUUGGAUCGUCGCGCCGCCCGGAUACGACGCCUUCUACUGCCACGGUGAUUGCCCGUUUCCUCUGGCGGACCAUCUGAACUCGACGAAUCACGCGAUCGUGCAGACCCUCGUUUACUCAACAAAGCCGACAAUGGUACCUAAGGCGUGUUGCGUGCCAACCGCGCUCAGCUCGAUAUCGAUGCUUUAUCUAGAUGAGGAGAAUAAAGUAGUGCUGAAAAACUAUCAGGACAUGGCGGUCCUUGGAUGCGGUUGCCGUUAAGACAGCACUAUUUUUAUUCUAUACGAUCAACGUAAUCAUUGGUCGAGCAAGAUAAGUUGAAGUAUUAUCUCACACAGCGCCAUGUCUGAAAUCGGAACAUAAGACGUCUAUUUUUUUUAUUUUGUACGGAUUUCCGACCCAAUUAGAUGAAUUUAUCGCACAGGUCGUAGUAUUAUGCGAUAAAUUUGUGUAUUUGACUUCUUUGGGGAACAGAAAUCAUACGAUGUCGACAGUUAAUACCUUUCAAAUCGACGUUUGUCUAACGCCAGGCCUUAUGCCUUUUUAUAUCUUAAUCAGCCCUGACUUAACAAGAAUAUCAUUUAUACACAUAUUGAAGCGAUAUUGCUUCUUGAGUGAAGAUACGUAUUAGUUCUUAAUCAUUAGAUGGAGCGAUGUUCUUCUUAAAUGUAGGAAAACCACACAGUGUACAGGUGGAAUCGAAUUUGGAUCCACAGAUCACGCGAGUCGACCGCCCAGAGCGUAAAGCCACUUCAACUCUCUCCAUGAGACGUCUUAUGUCCCGAUUUUGGACAUGCAUGUUGUCUGAGAUUAGGGGUACGGUCAACGAUGUUAUAAAUAUUUUGAAGCAACUAAUCUUUGAUUAGUCAAUUUGUAAAAUUCUUUCUUCAAAGCAUUUAUAAAGACUUGGAUCGCACCUUAGGACAUGGCGGUCCUGGAUCAUGGACUGACGUUGAGGCUCUUGACUACAUCAUACGGUCUCAUUUGCUUGCACGCGAGACAUAUUGGUCAGUAGUCAUAAUUCUUAUUUCAAGAUCGUCUUAGUAAUGUUUUUGCUAAUGUUUCUGUAAUUGAUUUAUAACACCUUGAGACUGUAUUUAGACGAUCUUAAAUAUAACAAUCGACAAUGAAUACUGGCCAUUUGAUGUCGAAA